CUCCCGUCGGCGGAGAAUGAAUGAAUCACAGAGCCAAGCCCCACGCUUCCACUGGCGCCCUGCCCCCAGCUCCAGGGCGGGCGAAAGGGGCCGAAGGGUCGACGGGCGCCUGCCCGAGCCAAGGCGGGAGGCUAAGACCGCGUCGGGGCCAGGAGAGCUGGGCUCGAAGCCGAAGCGCAGCCGCCGCUCCAGCGCCCCCACCCCUGCUCCUCGUCUCUCACGCUCCGCGCCGCCGCCACGCGCCGCCUCACAUUCCCCGGGCCCCGCCGCCGCCUCUUCACACUUCCAUCAGCGCCCGCCUCCGCCGGCCUCCGGCUCCCGCCGGGCAGAGCAGCGCCAGCCCCGGCGGCCUGAAGCCCGCCGCUGCCUCCGCCUGCACCGGCCGGCUGGCAGAGCCGAGGGUGCUGCUUUCCCAGUCAGCGCCGCCGGCGUGAGGCGAGCGCGGCGGCAGUGGGCUGCGGGGGGCGGGAAGGGGGCGGAGAGAACGGGGGGGCGAGGGCGGUACCUCCCCCUGCUCGCGGGAGAGGGCGGGAGGCGGUGGCCGCCGCGGAGCCGCGGCUGGGGGCUGGUGCGCGGACGGGUCCCGGGAGCCCGACGGGCCCUGCGGGCAGUGGGCAGCGGGCAGCGGGAGCAAGCAGCAGCCGCGAGGCGGCGGAGAGGAUGGUGGUGCGGGGCCGAGCGGCCCUCGUGGGGAGCUGGGCCGGCGGCAGGCCCUCAGUCCGUCCGUCCUUGUUUUCCCCCCUCCCCUAGAGGCCGGCGGCUGGCGGGCCGUGCGCUCUGCUCCUCCGCUGGCUCUUGGCCCCGCUCCCGGCCGCCACAGCCUCCUCCGCGCCCCACACCAGGUGCUCGCGCUGUGUCUCCAUCCUCCCCGCAGGAGGACCUUUAAAUAGCAACGUCAGCGCGCUCCUCUCCGCACACACGUCACCCGCUGCUCACGUCACCGGGGUGCGGGGGAUGAUGUCACGCGGCCGGAAGUACUGCUAAAUUAGGGAAGGAGCAGGGGGAGGAGGACUCGGCGAGCUCCUGUGUGCCCACCUGCUCUCGCUUCUCCUUAAAGGCCAAAGCACAGGAGACAGCCCGAGAGGAGCUCGAACAAGGAAGCGGCGGGAGGAGAUUUCCUUGCAACAAAUGUGCCAAACCGGAGUGAAUCAUUCGUAGCAGAAGUGCAGAAGUGUCAAGCGGGGAGAAAAACUCUGAAGGGACCUCAAGAAAAUUCCUUCUCAUGUCUUGUUGGCCAGAACUAGAUUACAUGCUCAUCCCUAAAUCAGUGAUUGAUAGUUUGGAACUGGAUUUUCAAUGAUUGGCUUAGACAAAUGGCGGUUCAUCCCUUGAGUCUGCCUAUCGCGACUGAACCAAAUUAAAAUUCUCAGCAUGGAAGAAAGGCCAGUGGCCAUUGGGCAAGCAAACCACGUAUUUGCCACGCAGCCUGAAGCCACUCAUAUUCCUGCUGAUCUUCAAGUAUGACAAGCUUGCUCCAAAAGCAGGGCCUUUGCACUUUUUUUGUUCCUUCUGCCUGGAACACGUAUGUCCAAGACCUUCACGUAGUGUGCUCCUCCUCAUCAUUCAAUUCUGUGCUCAAAUUAUAUCUCUUGAAAAAGAUCCUCUUUAUAAACUAUCUGUACAUCCAUAGCCAUUAAUCUUCCACCUAAUUUGCUUUAUUUUCUUCAUAGCAUAUUCAACACUGUCUAAAAUGGUAUUAUAUAUUAGUGUACUCGUAGAAUAGAGCCUCAUGAAGAGGAACUUUGCCUACCUUGUUUACUUUCCUGUCUGUAAUAGCAAGACAAUGUCUAGCACAGAGUGGGUGCUCAAUAAAUGAUUAUUGAAUGAAUGGAUUUGCUAGGACUUUCGGUUAUCCUUAGGUAGAAAUUACUUAAGUCAGGGUUCUUUUUUUUUUGAGACAGAGUCUUGCUCUUUAGCCAGGCUGGA